AUGGCCGUUCCAGGUAUUGAGUCGAUGCCCUCGAGGUCGAUGACUUCAGAGGAGUUCAGCGCCGCGGUCACCAAAGCCUGUUUCUUGUACAGCCAAGAAGAUCUUACGGAGGUCAAACCUAGAAAAGUCCGGGCGCUGUGUGUAUGCUUCGAGUCAGACAAGGACAGUCACCCUCAUGUCGAAAGCACCAGCGAGCAAGUCCGAGAUGUCUUCAAAGACACGUAUGGUUACGAUACUGUCGGUCUCAUGAUCCGGAAACAAGACAACAACCCGCAAGCAACACUGACAUCAGCUCUCAAAGCUCUAUUCAAUAGAAUGGACGAGGAUUGUAUAGCUAUCCUGCACUACAUCGGCCAUGGAGGGGAAGACCAAAAGUUCGUCUUCCCUUCACUAAGACAUGACAAGAUAGAUCCUUGGGACGCCAACGUCUUAAUUCUUCUUGACUGCUGCUGUCCUAUUGAGAUCGGCGGUUACAUAGGCCAUCAUAAAGAAUUGAUCUACGCCUACGCCUCGGGGGGAAGAGAGUGCGAUGAUGGUCUUGGUUGCGCACGCGGCUUCAGUAGCAAUCUUGUACGAGAACUGAAGCACGCUCAUGAAAAUGGGCAUGCCUUAUCCACAUCACAGCUCUAUAGCCGUUUGGCAACAAAGAGUUUUACCAUGAAUGAAUCUUGGGAAACAGAGCUGGAUUCUCUGCCCCAUUUCAUUCGACACCCUAGAGACCAUGGACCGUCCCUGCUAUUGCAACCCAUACGGCAGAAUAGAAAUUUAUACCUGAUACCAGCUCCUUGCCAAACCUUAGGCGAACAGGCAGCUGAUGUCGUUCUGUCAAUUCAAAUCGCCAAUGGCGGCUGGCAAGCAUUACGCGCCAUUCAGUCAUGGGCGCAGAGACACCCAUUGACUGAAGGCCGUGUCCGAGUCGACGAGCUUUACAAGAGAACAGAUAAAUGUAUUCUCGCCGUCACCUUCCAGGUCUGGUACAACUUACCAGACCAUCCAGCCAUGAAGCAGAUCGGCUUUGAGUUCAAGCGGACGAGUGGUCAGUCGGAUUGA